AUGGAGGCGCAGGGCUGCCUCUCCUUCUGCCCGACAGCACCCCCGCCACCUCCCGCAGGCAAAGCCCCCCCAGCUCCAGGCCUGCAGCGGCGCAUCUUCCAGGGCAACCAGAAGCUACCGACCCCCCCUCAGCAUCACCCGCUUCCCCCGCAGCAGCAGCGGCUCAGCCCCAGGCCGGGCCGCUACCCGGACACUUACCCUCCAGCCCAGGAGAAAGCGGCCCACAAAUACUUGGAGUCCCCCAGCCCGAGCCACCACGCGCUGUCUGUCAACGGGAAGGCUUUCUACCAGGCCGUGGCCGAAGCCAGAGAGAAAAGCGCCAAAGGGCAGGAGUACCACCCUGUGCCCACAGACUGCAGAGCCCCGCUGGAAGAAGCCCCUGAUCUCAGCUGCUCCCCGGCUGCGUCUCUGGGCAGCUUGAGGGAGCACAUCUCCCCUGAGCUCACCGACACCAUGGAGCUAUCCAAGAACAAGAACAAGAAGAGGAGGAACAGGACGACCUUCAGCACCUUCCAACUGGAAGAACUGGAGAAGGUCUUCCAGAAAACCCAUUACCCCGAUGUGUAUGCCAGGGAGCAGCUGGCACUAAGGACGGACCUAACAGAAGCCAGGGUUCAGGUUUGGUUCCAGAACCGGAGAGCAAAGUGGCGGAAACGGGAACGUUAUGGGAAAAUCCAGGAGUCGAGAAAUCCCUUUGCAGCCACCUACGACAUCUCUGUCCUGCCCAGGGCUGAAAACUACCCUCAGCUGCAGAAUAACCUGUGGCCGAGCACAGGAUCGGGGAGCCCUGCAGGCCCCUGCCUCAUGCCCCCCGAGAGCAUCCCUUCCCCCUGUGUGUCUCCAUACCCGCAUUCCCAUGGGAACAUUGCCGGAUUCAUGGGCAUCCCUGGUUCUCCCAACCAUCACCCCGGGAUCAACAACCUGUACUCCAUCCACGGCUUCCCCUCUUCCCUCGGCAGCCACAGCUUUGAGCCCCCGCCGGACAACAACUACAAGUCCCCGGGCCUGGUCACGCUGAGAAUGAAAUCCAAAGAGCCAGCCAGCCUGCUUAACUGGACCACGUGAUCACCCUGGAAGCAGCUGGGCUGAGGACACAACCCACCCAGCAGGUGGUUGGCAGCUCUUUGAAGCCAACUUUCCACAAGGGGUAGAGAGAGCUCCCAGCCUGUGCUUUUCCUUUCCCUUCAGCCUCCCUGCACACCACACCCAGCUGCUGGCACCUCAGACAGGAUCCCAGGGCUGAUGAGAACUGAGGAGCACAGCGGCCAUCUUCCUCCUUGUCUUGGCGCUGAGAUGUUGGAGCCAGCCCCCACGAGAUUUCUGCGGAGGCUGGAAAUCUCUUAUUCCAACUCUCAGUCCCUCCUUCCAGAAUCCCUCAAGCUUGCUCUGCAAUGGGAUUUUUUUUGCGCCACUCUUCCCACCCAGGGCUGCCUCCAGGGGGAGCCAAAAGCCAACUGCAGGAGCCCUAGUGCAGAAAAGACCUUAUCACCGUGUUGCGUAGACCUUCUCUGUUAGGGUAAAAUGUCGGUGGGCCGGAAAGCCCUACCUGCGCUGUGGCCACCAUUGGUGGGCUGAGACACUGGCAGCAAUGGUGAGACAUUGUAGGGGGUGGAAACAUCCAGUGCAGACCCACGCACCCAUCCGCAGGGAAAAGGGACCAGGAAUGGCACAGUCAGCUGCCCCCUUAGCUCCCACCCAACCCAAUCUCCCCUUCUCCUGCCAGAGCCUGGGCAGGAGAAGCCACCUGAGAGUCUCCUCCCAUAAUCCACUGCACUGUGGCACUUCUGCAAAGC